GGUAGGCGCUUCACGAUGGUGACGUCAGUGCUCAGUAAUCGUCAGUUGCGCAGAGACGCAGAGGCUGGUUGCCGCGAGCGCGCGCUACGUCAGAAUGACGGGUCGAGUGAGCAGCAACUGAUAAACCACCCUCUCUGGUCGGGACUCUCUGCGGGCGGGCCGACGCUCCGUCUAAGGAGAGGUACAGAGACAGGCGAGCAUGGGACAGGGAGCGGUGUCGUGAAGGAGGGCGGAGGAAGGCGCGCGUCGUGGUCCGCGCGCGCUUGCGAUUAAGGGUGGCCGAGUGACACCGACGACGAUGGCGAGCUCGGGCUCGGCGGUCGGUGACGGGGUCGGCGACGAUGGCACGACGGGCGUGCCGGGCGGCGGGCCCAGGAACCCUCUCACCUGCGGUAUCUGCCACGACUACUACAAGGAGCCCUGUCUACUCUCUUGCUUCCACACCUUCUGCGCACGUUGCAUACACGGCCCGCACAUCGAUGGAACGAUCAAGUGUCCCAUCUGCGGGCAACAGACGCAAUUAAAGGAUGGAGCGCAGUUACCACCGCCCGAUCAGCUGAUACAUCAAUUGGUAGAAUUAGCAAACUCUGAAAAUCCACCAUGUGCCAAUUGCGACAAACGCGACAAGUCCACGAUGUUCUUUUGCACAACGUGCGGACAAGCGCUGUGCACCCACUGCAGAGAACACACCCAUCGCGCCAAGAUGUUCUCCACCCACGAGGUAGUGCACAUGAGCAAAUGCGCUAAGGAUACUCAACGUCGUUGUCCGAGCCACGGGGAGCAGUAUAUAAUGUACAGCCAGACCGCCAAAUGCAUGCUAUGCGCCACGUGUUUCCGCGACACGCCCACGGACGCGCGGGUGCACUGCGUGGACAUAGAAAGUGCCUGGCAACAGGCCUCGAAGAAGAUGGAGCGCGCGGUGAAUUCCAUCUGCGAGCUUCAGGCCGGCAUCAGGGACGGUGUGCUGGCGCUCAAGUCUCAGCUAGACGAGCUUCGCCACAGUCUUGAGUCCGAGAAGCGUGCUCUAAGCGCGUUCUGUCAGGGCAUGCAGGAGGUCAUCAACAAGACACACGCAUACGUACUCACGGAAUUGCAACGUCAGUUCGAAACCAAGGAGCGUAUGGUGCGCGCUCAGCUAUUAUCACUAGGUAGCGCGUUACCUGUUCUGCAGAUGCACCUGAUGCUGUGCACCGCGUUCACCAGCGGUGCGACCAAGUAUCAGUUCCUCGAAUUGUCGCAUCCCAUGCUGGAGCGGCUGAGCCGCGUCGCGCAGCUCGGUCAUCCGUCGCGACCGCCCCUGCUCGCUGCUCACAUCAGGACGAAUUAUCGCGCCGAUUUCGCCCGCGCCCUGCAACCCUAUAUAGGGCAAGCGCAAGCCACGAAAGCCGCCGCCGCUGCCGAAUCCUUGUACGAUCAAACAUCAGUCGGUCAUACGUUGAGCCAGUCAGCGGAAUCGCAAAUGCUUCAGAACAGCAAGACUGCUCAGAGACUACCGUCGAAGAGCGGAAUUGAUGGCGGUCCAUUUUCCAAUCAUUGUCGGACCUUCGAUACCCAGUUAAAGGAACUGAGUCAACAACUAAUGACAGUAAAAGAACGGUUGGGUGAGCUGCAGCGAGACGUUUCCGUCUUGAAGAGAGCAAAUACUCCGCCGUUAGGUACACGUUAUGAUCACGUGGCGAGGGAUUGUCGCGUGUUAGAACAACAAUUGGAGCAUCAUCAGAUAGAACUGGAGCGACUCAGAAAUGUCUUUGAUGCUCUUUGGGAGGAGCAAGUAUGUAGGAUUCACAUAGAAAAGGAAAUAUUUCAUUCACAGAUGAACGAUAUAUUAUCGUUGAGAAGCGAAGUGAAGAAAUUGCAAGCGCUCGCUCAGCACCUGGAGCCCUUUGUAAAAUCGUUUUCCACGGGCAUCAGCGCCGGAGAAGUGAGUCUGGCCGCAGCGGACGCCGCCGACAAUCAGCAUCUACAAGCUCUGCUGGAUCAUCUGGCGCGUCUACAGAUGCAGGAACCGCCGCCACAUCCGCAAGCUCAACCGACCAAGGAACAUCGUCAUCCUCGUAGCACUGCCACGAGUGCCGACAAUGCGCUAUAUAUGAAGGAAACAAAGGAAAUCCCGACGCGAUGUCGCACACCAUCCGGCGGUGUAGGCGCCGUAUUGGACUCGAGCGGCAACAUAGUCGUGUAUGGAACAGCCAAGUCAACCGAUCCGAAGAGGGGUGUGCUCAGCCAAUUGAUAGAAAAGGCCAGAACGCAAAAGGAAGAUCGUAAGAAAUCACCUGGCAGAGAGGAUGGUCGUGAUCGCAGUCAGAGUCGGCGCUCGCGUAAAUCGCCCGACAGCGCGAAGCCGAAGACGCCGCCCGGACAUUCGUCUGGUAGUAAGAUGCGAUCGUUGUAUCGCUCCUUAAAAAGCGGCACUGGCGAUACAUCUGCCGAGGGGCUCGAUCAGGCAGAGAGGUGUAUCGAUUCGCAGCAAGCGCAGUCUCAUAUCGCAGGAGAUGAAGGGGAAUAUCAACGAAUCUCGGAGGCCUCGAGUAUGGGUGAGGCCAAGAAGCGCGUGCAGGCGCAGGUGCAUGCAGUGCCGGCGGAUGAACAGAUACCAGCAAUUCCUGUUAGCGGCAAAGCUUCCAAGAUCUACCCAGCUAGCGAUUCCGAGGAGUUGUUUUACGAAGGUGCGAAGGCAGCCAGCGAUGCGAGAAGACGGCGACGCGCUAGCUGCGACAGCCUGAGCACGACUGGUUCCGGCAACAGCAGGCGAUCGAGCAUCGCCGAUGGGACGGUAGGUCAAUCCAUCGCACAGGACCCCCGGAAAACCCUGGUCGUUUUGAUCGGACCGACGUCACGGACGUCGUCGUCUCUCGUACAGAAGCAGCGUUCCUGGGAGACGUUUCCGCGGCCCAAGAGCAAGCGCGGCAGUGGCGAGGGGGCAGGAGUGGGGGCGUCGUCCCUAGGCCAGCUGAAGAAAGCGGACAGCUUCGAGGGUCACGAGGAGGCGGUGCGCACUUUGGUAGCGGCCGUGCAGGAGACGCGGUCCCAGCUGCGACAUCACCAUCUGCAUCAUCACCGUCAUCAUCGUAAGAGCAAGACGAAUUAAUAAGGCACUUUCCGUCAUUUUCGAUCCUUUUGCAGCUCCUCCUCUUUCCGCGCAACAGAGUAAUAUGAAGAGUUAUUUGUCAGAGGGUAUCUCGAAUAGAUAUCCGCGCGAGCCUAGAUAAAGAAAAAAUUAUCGAAAGACUAAACACGCCGUGCCCCAACGUGGCUUAAAUAUAUACUUGUUAUUUAUUAGCAAUGGAGCGCGUAUUGUUACGAGAGCCGACAAUUGUCGGUUUUUCGAAGAUUUUGGACAUUCUACUGAUAUUAUAUAAUAAUAAUAAUAAUAAUCAUAUAAAAAUAUAUGAAAACACAAUAAUGAAAAAAGUCUAUUGCGCGAUAUAUGAAUAUCUGUCAAAAGAAAAAAAACAUAGUCGUUGAGAAGCACCUUCGAGACAAGUGCACUUUCGUCUUUACAUUACUUUUCGAGAGACUCAAAUUUCUUUCAGAUCCCGACCAAAUGAUGUAUUUGUAUUAUCCAGAGUUUUCGAGAUUUAUAUUAUGUGUGUGUCUCGUAUGUCAGAGUUGUACCGUGUGCGACGGCAUGCAACUCUCGCGGACACUUUUUAUAGCGAUUUUAAUUGCACUUGAUGGUGAAAAAGCGCCGAAGGUCAGUAUCGCUGCCUAUCUUGUAAAUCCGACGUUAACGGAAAAAAAAGAAGAGUACGAUCGUGCGUUAUAUGCUACUCGUAUUGUUGAUUUGCGACUUGCCUGAGACGGUUGAUAACAUGUAGAGCCUUGAUUAGGGAUAGCGAAGAA